AUGGUCCGAGAUAAUGUGUUUAAACAUAACUUUCUCAGUAGCAGACUCCAUCACUCAGACGAGAGUAUUUUUUUAGUUCAACAUGGAAGAGCUUUGAACAAGACCAGCAUAACUCCCCUCUUCGCCCGAGAGAGAGAGAGAGAGAUGGGGGGAGGGAUGAAGGGGCAUAGUGGCUAUAACAGCAGAACUAGGUCAUAUAUGUUGAUGCUGUUGCUGGCAUUUGGAGCUGCCAUUUUUGGAGUUAUGCUGCUUCACAAGCUCAGAGAGCGACGCAUUUUCAAUCUCCUUGCAGAACAGAAGGACCAGAAAAUCUUUUCCCUUCAGCUUCUAUUACAGAAGGAAAGAGAACAAGCGCAAGGAGCAAAAACGAAAAUGGAAGAGAUGAAAGCGAAGAUAUACAACCUUCGAACUCAGAAAACAAAACUUAAUGGCAGGCUUUCAGAGAUGCAAUCAACAAUUUCUUCACUUAAAGAUGAACAAAAGGCUCUUGAAUUAGCCUUUCAGGAGAUGCAGAAUGAGGCCAAGAUAUUCAAACAGAAAUAUGGUGAAGUGAGUGAUCAAAAUCCUCAAGUUAUAGCUCUUUCUGAAAUCUUACGACAAAAAGAAGCUGAAAUUGAGGAUUUGAAGCGCCGUCUCGAGUCCCAUGUCAAGGUAUGGUCAGUUAGUACCGAUGAUCCAUCAAAUUCAUCGGUAAAUUUAACAGCUGGGACAAAUUUGUCAACAAGUGGUGAAAUCAAGGUCAAUGAUAUUCAAGAUGAGAAUGGAAACAUGCAUGAAUCUAUCAACCAUGCAGAAAGACAAAAUUCAACAAAUGAUGCCUCGAAUCAUAGAGAUCAAGACGAGAAAAGAACGGAAAAUGGGAUGUUAGUGGACGUCACAAGGGAAAGGACUGAAGAAGAUAAAUCUGAAAAGAUAAAAGGUUCUCAAGAAAGCGGUUUUGGAUAUGGAAAAAUUGAUGUUGGCAAGAGAAAUGACCCAAAAGAUGCUGCUAACAAUCAAAAUGAGGAAAAUAGUUUACAAAUGGGCGAGAAAAGGAAAGGUGAAAAUGACACUGAGACGACUAGUGAAGAGCAAAAGCCUAGAAAUGAAAAUAGUGAACUCCAAUCUACUGAUGGUAAAGAACUUGGAACAUUAGCAGACUUUGGUCUGUCAAGAAGAAUUCCAGAUUUUCAAGGUGGUGAGAAUGAAGAAUCUUCAGUGAAUCACAAGGGUGGGAUGAAGUUAGAAAUGAAGAGAAACUCUAAUAAUGGAAGGUAUACAUUGAGAGAGAAACAUGGUCACCUGAAGAGGACUAAAGGAAAGAGAUGGAGAACGAUUAUCAAACAUCAUAUAGAGAGCGAGGAUUCUGACAGUGAUGGAGCAAUGCAAAGGAAACCAGAUGAAAAUCAAGAUAUAAACACGAGCUUUCGAAUGGAAAGUGAGUCUACUUUGGAGCAUGGCAACACCAUGUUACCAGAUCAUGUAAAACCUAUAGAUAGUGAAGAUAUGAGCCAGAAAGUAGUGAAUCUUACAAGAAGCGAGGAUAGCAGAUUGUUUAACCAGCAUGAACUUGAAAAAACAGAACAAAAUGUACAAUCCAGAGAACAAGACACCACUAUCCAACAACACGACGGGAGGGAUGAUUAUGAAGUGGACAAAAAAUCUGGACAGAAAGAAGUUGCAGAAAAAAAUGAUGUAAAGAUGGAAGACGUCGAAGAAACUAGAUCUGAAAUGAGUACUUCUACCGAAUCGACAUCCAGUUUGGAAGAAGAGAGCGAAGAACAAAAAUACGAGCCAGAGUUUUAG